AUGAGCGUCCCUACAGCCGAGACUCUGGAUCUCCCCAGCGCCAUCAUCCAGGAGGCAGACAUCAUCGAGGCACACGUGAUUAUGCGGACAAAGUACCAAACAGGAGGUCGUGGAGCCAGUCCCCAUCUCCAGCCGGUCAGCGUCAGUAUCGUUCAAGAUCUCCUCGUUCUGGACGAGCAGCGGAUGCGCCACAAGGUCAACAACCGAGACGCCGACAAGGACGUGGCGAAUACUCGCCACCCCGCGAGCGAAGCUUGA